AUGUCAAACUUCAACAGCAGUCCACUGUUGUUGGUAUUGGCACUUGUAUUCCUCACGCUUACAUUUUCAUCUUUAUCAUUCGUUAGUCCACAAUGUCCUCAUCAACAAUCUGGUCUCAUCAACUUUUCCACACUCUCCAACUACAACACUCAGUCAGCAAAUAUUGUCCUCACAGGUGGACAACAAGUUCUCGUCGAUGUUUCCACAACAAACGUUCUACGUUCCAUCGUUGUUAGUUCGGGUACUAGUUUGAUAUUUAACGAUGCCAAUUUGAAUUUAAAUGUUGAAUUUAUUAGAGUGGAGAGUGGAGGAAGUUUAAUCAUGGGAAGUUUGUCGUGUCCAAUUAAUAAUAAGAUUGUUGUUACUUUCUAUGGAGGUAGAACAACUGAUAAUGUUAUUGGAAGUGAUCCAGCAGAUUCUACUGAAACUGGUUACAAGGGAUUAGUGCUCAUGACUGGCUCAACAGUUCAAAUGCACGGUAAGGUCUACACUCCAUCUUGGACAACCCUUUCCACAACUGUCACCAAGGGAUCAGCAACUAUUCAAGUUUCCGAAUCAACUCAAUGGAGAGUUGGUGAUAAAAUUGUAAUCGCUUCAAGUGAUUAUUCUGAUUUGUACAAUUGGGAUGAAGAUACUAGAGACUCGUUGCUUUGGAAACGUGGAUUUGGUUUUAAGGAUCAAACAGAAGAACGUACCAUUAAGAGAAUUAUCAAUGCUUACACUUUUGAAUUGAACUCACCAUUGAAUUACACUCACUUUAGUCAAGCACCUGACAUGAUGUGUGAAGUUGCAGUUUUGAAUAGAAAUAUUGUGUUCACAGGUGAUUCAUCAUCUGAUACUAGUUUAUUUGGUGGACAUAUUAUGGUUCGUCCAACUGCUUCCAAAUGUGAAAUUAAAGGAAUUGAAAUUACCAAAAUGGGAUUGAGUGGAAUUAUGGGAAGAUACCCAAUCCACUUCCACGUUUGGGGAGAACACGCAAAUUCCAAUCCAGGAGCUUUCUAUUUGAAAGAUUCUUCCAUUCACGACACUUAUCAAAGAUGUGUCGUUGUUCACGAUACUAAUGGAUUGAUUAUUCAAGGAAAUGUUUGUUACAACACUGUAGGCCAUCAAUAUUUCUUGGAAGAUGGUCCAGAAAUGUCCAAUUCGUUCAUUGGAAACUUAGGCUUAAAGGCAAUUCCAGUCCCCAAUGAAGAUACCAAGCAAUUAAUCAAAUCUGAAUCAUCACCAGCAAUUUUCUGGAUUACCAAUGCCAAUAACACAUUUAUUGGAAACCAUGCUGUUGGAGGUCGUUUUUCCUAUUGGUUUACUCAACCAGCCAAUCCAACUGGUCUCUCAGCAACUAAAUACGGUACCAAUAACUAUUAUGUCAGGCCAAGGAAUCAACCACUUGGUGUCUUUAGGGAUAACGUUGCUCAUGGUGCUGGUGAAAAUGCACUCCAUAUUGAUGACAUGGUUAAGCCAGAUACAACUACUGAACCGGAGGCUUUCGUUCCUUUGAGAGGUCCAUAUCCUGUUCUUGAUUAUUGGGUAGCUCCUGAUUAUGUGGAUGCUAUUUUUGAAAAUUUUGUUGCUUGGAAGAAUAGAGGAUAUGGUAUUUGGUCUCGUUCCGCUCACUUGGUUUUCAGAAAUUGUAGAUUGUACGAUAAUAGAAUUGGUAUGAAUGCUCCACCUAAUGGUCCUGUUUUAUUUGAGAAUUGUUAUAUUGUUGCUGAAACAGCAAAUGUUGGCGAAGUCACCUCAAUGAGAAGUCAAGUUGAUAAGGGAGGAAGAACUAGACCUGGGCAAUGGUCUUCUGAAGAAGUUUUGAAAGGUAUGGAACACUAUGAUAAUGGUGGCCCUCAAUUGGUUAGAAAUGUUACCUUUGUUGGAUUUAAGACUGAUCAAUACAGAGCUGCUGGUUCGCUUUCUGGGUUGAGUUACGCACCAUUUAAGCAUCAAACCAAGAACAAGUAUGCUGAUAUGAAAUUCAUUGAUAGUAAUGUCUAUUAUCAAUAUGAUUCUUUCUAUGAUUCACACAAAGGAACAACUGUAUUGGAUGUUGAUGGUUCAUCAACUGGACUCAAACCAAAUGGUUGGAUUGUUAGCAAUGAUUCCCUCCUUAUUCAUCCAAAAUGUGAAGCCAAAUCUGAAUGGAAUGGUUUUAAAUGUCCUGUAUUCCCUGAAAGUUAUGGACAAUUGGAAGUUUUGAAUUUACAAUUCUCUAGUACUUCAAAUACUGGUUCCAAUGGUGUCAACUAUCCUGAUCUUUCUGAUCCAUCAAAGCGUGUCAUGAGAAUGAAAGUAAUUGAUUUAAAGAGAGGCUCUUCAUCUUCAGUAAUUGGUGCAACAUCAUCUGGUUCACCUAAUGUAUUGGCAUUAUUGUCAAAUAUUGUCAUGAGAAAUUUAUAUACUCUAAGAUGGGCUUUCAACACUCCUACACCAAGUCAAUUGCAACUUUCUCUCCGUUCCAAUGCUCACAGUGAUUGGGUCAUUAUUGCAAUUCAAUAUCCAACUGGAUCAACUUUUGAAGUUGUUCGUAAAACCUGGUCACAAAGUCCAUUAACUUUGAGUUCAGUUGAUUCUCUCUCUGCCUUGAUGGAUAAUCCAGAUUCCUACUAUUACGAAAGUUACUCUCAACAUUUGUACAUUAAAUUGGAAAAUAGAGCCGGAUUGGAUGCCUGGGAAGAAUGGCGUGGUUUCAGUGAUUAUGCAUAUGAUGGUAUUUCAAUUACUAUUAAGGCAACAUGUCCUAGCAACUCAUGCUCGCCUACCAAAUUUGAUUAUCCAACCAAUUAUGCCACUCUUUUGCAAAGAAACAUUCGUGAAGAGAGAUAUGCCGGUGUUUUGCAAACUUGUCAACAAAACCUUGUGAAAUCUGUCAAUACCAAUACUGGAUCUGGUUAUGUCUUUGCUUUUGCCAAUCCUGUUAAGAGAACUGUCGAUUUUAGUGUUUAUCAUGACUUGUCUUCAAUUGUUACUAAGGUUGAAGUUGGAAUUGGGUUGCCAGGUGCUGAAAAGAGAAUUGUUCAAAGACCUUACAAGAUUAGUCCUUACACUGUUUCACGUUUCACUCUCCAAUACACUUAUGAUGAAUAUGUUUCACUUUUGAAAGGUGAAGUUUUUGUGAAAUUAUCAACAAGUCAAAAUCCAAAUGGUCAUUUGAGAGCUCAAAUUUAUUGUAAUAACGGUAAGAGAGAUGGUCUUCCUAAUUGUUCUCUUCCACCUACUAUUUCAACUGCCAAACCGUGUGAUGCUGUCCCUGGAGCUUUAAAUAUUUAUUCUGAAAAGACUGAUAUUACUGGAUGGCCUGAUUGGGAUAUUUACUCAUACACAGAUAAUAUUGACACAAACCAGACCUAUGUUAAUUAUUCAUAUACUGAAUCUCCAAUUUGUGGUGCUACUUCUAUUCUAUUUGGUACUCAAAGAGGAGCUAUUCAAAUUUACCAUCACACUGGAAGCCCAAUGCCUUCUAUUGACACUGCUCAAUACAAGUACUUUGAAUUCUUUGCCAAGGCCAAGAGUGGAGGACCAGUUCAAUUGGGUAUUGCCUUUUUCAAAUACGAUUCUGCUAAGGGUUCAUCUGUUGCAAUUGGAAAUCUUGAACCAAUCACCAACUCUUACAUUCAACAUUUCAUGAUUGAUGAUCAAAGAGUAACUAGAGUGAGAAUUCCACUUUCUGCCGUUCCUGGAUUUACUGGCCAACAAAGCCUUCAAACAAUCACCAUUUACACAGUCCAACCAUGGAACAGUGCUAUUUUCAGAGAAGUUAUUAUUGAUAAUUUGAGAUUUGUUAAGGAAACUACCGAUGUCAAAUCAUUACAGGGAAUUAAUGGAACUAGUGAUAUUGUUUAUUUCAAUGAAAAGGUCUGUUCAGCUUCACCUGUCACUAAUCCAGACUCUGAUCCAUUGGGAUUAAUUACUUUCAGUGCAUUGCCAGCUCCAGAUCCAAUUCCACAAUCUAGCACAACACCAUCCAAUAGUUCUGGAAAUAAUUCCAAGCUCUCUGUUGGUUCUAUCUCUAGAGCUAAUAACUUUAUUGUUGGAUUAUUGGUUGCUUUGAUUUGCUUCUUUCUAAUAUAA